UCACGCGAGAUCGUAGCAGGGGUCCAGAUAGGGCGCGGUCCGGCGCCCCAAGACUGAGACGCGCAUCUUCUCCCCCACCCGCUUCCUGCAGCUACGCCGCCCUUUGCUUUUAUUUCUUUUUCUCUUUUCUGUUUGGAAUUGGAGGAAAGCCCUAAUUUUUGGAUACGGAGCCACAUAAGACCCUUUCUCUUUCCUCUCACACCCAGUCCGGGCUCCGAAGACCGGCCUGGGCCACAGCUGGGCGGCCCCUCGACGUCUCGGGCCGCGUGAGGCCCGAGUAAGCCGAGGCCCGCAGGCUUCGAGGCGGCCCAAGGCCGGCCGCACGGAGGACGAGCGGGGCUGCCCCACAGCAGUCUAUGCGAGAUGAAUUGGGUUGGGGGAUUCAGGACCAGAGUUCUGUUUAAACAAGAAAAGAGAAAGCAAAAGGAAUAUUUUGAGAAGAGAAAGCUAAAAUCAAUGAAGUUUGUGGAAGUUUUAUCACCCUCUAAAAAUUCUUCAGUCAGUUUAGAUCUUCUUGAUUUGUAUAUGGUAAAUCAGAUCUCUAUGAAGAAGGAAGAAACUGCCACUGUGAGAAAGCCAACAUUUGUGAAUGUAAAUAGGAACACAAAAAUAUGCAUAGGAAGGAAGAAUUUAGAAUUUUCAAUGCCUUCUCAUUAUAAAGUAUCCAACCCCUGUCUCAACAUAGAAAACAGUUAUCAUGCUGCACAAGAAAAAUCAGAUCAAAAAGAAAAAAAUGAGAAAGAAAAAAAAUCUAAUACCUCAAAAGAAAUUCUUGAUAAGAAGAACCAGUGGAGGAUAAAACAGUUUUCCAAAUCAGGACAACUUAGGCCAAUAGAAAGGCACGCAGGUAAAAAGGGAGUGAAGUCCAUUGCAGAUGUUGUCUACGAAAGUCAGCAACAGGCAGGAUCCCAGCAAGGGAGCAGUGAGGCCCUGAAACCUGGGACUGGCUAG